AUGGACCGGAGUGGCUACAACAAUCUGAAAAAUACUGGCCGACGUGGAACCCAGUAUCAUCACAAAUCGAAAUACCGGAAUGAGAUCCGUAUUCUCCGAGCUAAUCGACACUCUGCAGUGAAGGGGAAGCUACAACGGCUCAAUCCAUUUCUGGACAAGGACGGGAUGUUGCGAGUCGGAGGCCGUCUCACUCACUCAACAAUGCCUUUCACUCAGAAACACCCAAUCAUCUUACCAAAGUCUUCCGUUACAGCACUUAUAAUCGAGCAUGAGCACCUUCUAAACCUCCACUCCGGAACUCAAGCUACUUUAUAUGCCUUGAGAAAAUCCUAUUGGCCUAUCGACGGCCGUAGUCAAGUUUGGAGCACGCUGAAGAAGUGCGUCCGUUGCUGCAGAACCAAUCCACCUCCAGUGAAUUAUGUCAUGGGCGAUCUUCCAGCCGCACGCAUAACAGAAUCUCGGCCGUUUACCAACGUCGGAGUCGACUAUUGCGGACCCUUUUACAUCAAAGAACGAAAGGACCGCAACCGACGUAAAGUCAAGAUAUAUGUAGCAAUCUUUAUAUGUCUUGCAGUUAAAGCAGUCCACAUCGAGCUGGUCAGCGACCUCACUAGCGAGGCCUUCAUUGCUGCUCUGCGAAGAUUCAUUGAUCGCCGAGGAUUCUGUCUAACGAUAUACUCAGACAACGUGGCCAUUGGGCAGAGUCAUCAAGGUACAACCCGGCGCAGACGGCAUCAUACGGACGGCCACCGGCCGAACGGCAACGAGCACACUGGAUCGGAGCAUCAAGCGGAUGGUACCACUACCGAGCAGAUCGACACCAGAGGACACCGACGCCAUCGUCAACAGCAAGGAGUUUUAGAAGAGAUCCACCUCACAGUACCACACCAUAUUAUUUGA